AUGCGGCGCCGCCGGAGCUCCCUGGCGCUGCUGCUCUCCUGCUUCUCCUGCCGCCGCCCGCUGCUCUUCCUGGCGGCGCUGCUGGUGGCCGAGGGCAGCUCCCCGAUGGAGGGGCCCAAAGUCAACUCCAUCAAGGGCAGCAGCAGCCUCCUGGAGGCCCAGGAGGGGCCAACGCCGCCCGCCAACCGCUCCAGCCCCUUCCCGCAAGGCCUGGGCCCCGGAGCAGCAGCAGCAGCAGCAGGAGCAGGCGGCAAGAAGGGCAAGCUCUUCGGCCCCGCGGGGAAGGGGCUCAAGCACUACCACCGGCAAGGCGAGGCUUACCCUUGUACCAAUGACAAGGAAUGUGAAGUUGGGAAAUACUGCCAUAGUCCUCAUCAAGCAAUAUCUGCCUGCAUGAUUUGUAGGAGAAAAAAGAAACGCUGUCACAGAGAUGGAAUGUGCUGCCCUGGAAACCGCUGCAACAAUGGUAUUUGUAUACCAGUGACUGAGAGUAUUCUCACACCCCAUAUCCCAGCCCUGGAAGUACCUCGCAACAAGAAAAAUAAUCACUAUCCUACCAAGGACGUGGGCUGGCAGAAUCUAGGGAAAGGACAAACCAAGCUGACACACUUGAAAGGUCAUGAAGGAGACCCCUGCUUAAGGUCUUCUGACUGCAGUGAGGGUUUUUGCUGUGCCCGCCACUUUUGGACCAAAAUUUGUAAGCCUGUGUUGCACCAGGGAGAGGUGUGCACUAAACAGCGCAAGAAAGGAUCCCAUGGCUUGGAGAUUUUCCAGCGCUGUGACUGUGCCAAAGGGCUAUCUUGCAAAAUCUGGAAAGAUGCCACAUAUUCUUCAAAAGCAAGACUUCACGUGUGCCAGAAGAUCUAAUGGUGAUUCUGGAGACUAUCACUGCUAUGAAGAUCCUUGAUCAAUACUGCAGACACUGCAGCAUAAUGGAUCACAGAUUGUAAAUAAGAACUAGAUGGGCCAAAUAUCCACUGUGACAGGAAGAAGCGUCAUCCCAAACAACUGCCUUUUCUGCCUUGAAAACAAUGGCAGCUGACCUUUCUUGGUGAUGUGGUGUCAUUCUACCAGUGAUGCCAAAUGUUUGUGGGAAAGCUUUUAACCAUGAUCAGCUUAUGGCCUCAUGACAUCUCCACAUUAGUUGGGGGUUAGAUUCUUGUAUGACAAUUGUAAAAUAAUGCUAUAGAAUUUAUUUGCAAUACAGAGCAGUGCUUUGCCAAAGGACUGUGCUAACUACGUAUUCUUAAAUACAGAACAACUACCAAAGAAAUUCCUAUUAAACUGAAGCUAUCGGAAAUAAAUUACUAUGCAUAUCUGUAACUGUUAAUAUUACCCUUUAACAAUCUGAGACUGUCACUUGAAAGAGACACGUUUUUGCAAGAGGAAGCUGAGGUGGGAAAAUAUCAGCUGCACAGCAAUCGCACCCACCACAACCAAGAUAGGUGUUGACUUCAGUGGUGGCAUGGAGCAGGGAUGAUGGUCUAGUUUCAAAUAUUGGUAUAAAUAUUCAGACUACAACAUCCAUUUUAUUUCAUCUUCAGUUACAACAGCCAAGGGCUUCUGUUUCCUAAGACACAUGGAACUUAUCAGAUAAAGAAAACUGUCCAUGCGUGUAUCCAGAAAGGAACAGGAUAUUGAAAUGCUAGUUGUAAAUACUGGGGUACUGACCAUUUCUAUUGCGAACUCUUCUGCUUUGCCUCAAAAGAAAUUAUCCAGGAUCCACUGACUGUAUAUUGCUAAAUAAUAAUGUCUAAAUAAAUAACUAAACAUGGUGUUUAGUAUAGAUCUUCUAUGGUUGAGAUGGAGACCCCAAAAUAGAAGGAUCAUAUGCUGGUGAAAAGAAAAUGAAAUGAACAGAGAAGGUAUCAGGAUCAAUCUGGAGCUGUGUCAGAAAAUCUCACCAAAGGGUGAACUAUAAUAACCUAGGAAUGGUGAAUACAUUACUUUAUUUCAACUACAUUUUAGGAAUAAUGAUUAUUUUAGGAAGCAUCAUUUGCUCUCAGAUUCACGUGGAUUUUAGAGGUUUACUGUUACCAUAACAGUAUUAAUAGACUGACAGAAAUGAAUGAUGCGUUUCACUAUCUUGUUUUUUUUCCCUCCCAGCAGCACAUCUGCAUUUUCUCUUACUAUAGUCACUUAUUUUCAAAUGUGUUAUUUGUUUAAGCUGAAGAGCAAAGAAGAAAUGGAAGGGUUGCAUUGCUCUCCAAGCAAUAUGCUUGACAGGUUGAAAGAAUGAUGUUUUUCUUUCUUUGUUUUAAUUUUUGUGUCACUCUGGGUUUAGUGUCAGACUACAAUUUUUCUUCUUGCCACAAUGUGCCAAUUGCAGUACUAGGAUCAUGCAGAAAUGAAGCCUCAAGACCAGUUUAUAAAAGCUAGCAUGUUUUCUACAAGCCAUACUGUCCUGGCCAUCCAAAGAUACCUUGCAGCAAUACAUCAUGACAAAUUAUGAUUUAGUUGUAAUUAAUAUCUGUAACUCAAAAUUGCUCAGUAAACAGAAGCCAUGCACUACAUUUUAUCUUUCAUUUAAAAACAAAAACAAAACCCUCAUAUAUCUGGAUAUAAGGAGAAUAAGUGAGUCAUUUCUAAAUAGAAACCUAAAGAAUACCUUGUGGCUCUAAAAUAGAAAUUUGGUUUGAAUCACUCCAUCAUCAUUUCUUCCUAAAGAAGACAAGAAGCCGAUGAGGGUGCUGAGAACCUUCUGUGUCUAUGUUACAGGCAUCCUGCAUGGGAUGCAAGGAAAGCUAUACAAACAAAAUUGUUUUAUAGCAUAGUGCUAACCUAUCCAUGUGCUUUGACCUCAGAUGAGAUCCUUUUUGUACCAACAAAUGUUCAUAAGUGGCAUGUCACUGAGAGUAGCAUACAUGAUGUAGAGGGAGCAGAUUGGGCAUUGAAUGCACUGAUGAAGCUUGGACAGAUUUUUUUUUAAAAAAAAAUGAAAAAUAACCUGGAAAGAUAGUAGAGAAGCAAUAUGGUGAGAAACACUCUAUCCUUUCCAAUUAUCCAUCCCAAAAAUUUCAAUCUAUUGUGUCUCCCCAAGCAGUUCCAGAAAUGUGUUAACUUUUAGAAACAUGCAUCUGGAAAUCCUUGGCAGGAAUGCACCUUAGGGUAAAUUAAUUGCUUUAGAUAUAAAUGCACGCUCAUUUUAAAUAGGUGAAUCUGUAUUAUACACUCACUGUGCCAUUAAAUUGUAACCUCAUGGUACUACAUCUCAGCUAAAACAGUUGACCUAAAGUUGAAAGGUCUUCAUUCAUUAAUAUUAUUUGUAAGCAAAGCAUACUUUGCCCAUAGAUUACUUCAUGCUACUAGCUGAGGGCAGGAGCAAACUGUAUAUCUUUUUAAGCUUGAGUCAUUAUGUGUGACCUUUAAAAUAAUAAUAAUAAUAAUAAUAAUUAGACUACAGUUGGCCCUCCGUUUUUGCAGGGGAUCCGUUACAACCCCCCCCUCACAAAAACAGAGGCUUAUGCAUAUUCAAACCCCAUAGGCUUGAAUGGUGUGCCCCCAUGUGCACAGGCCAAUGAAAAUAGCAGAGGUCGCCCCUCCACAGAUAUUCAAGGGCACAGAUCUCAGAUCCGUGAGUUUGGGGGGCAACUGUAUACAGAAGUCCUAUGUAAACAGUGAGAAGUAAAAAAUUAAUUCUGCAUCUUACUGAAGGUUGUUGUUUUGACAGAUUGAUACAGGGAGCUGUGUUUGGUUUAUUUUAGCACCAUGAAAAGCAUGACUAGGCUUAACAAGUGCGGAGUUUCAGUAAGAUGUUCUCGUGGAUGACCCAUCUGUAUUUAAAUCCAUAGAUGUGCACAUCUCAAAUCCUUUUGCCUCUGUGAGACUAUAGGAAGGAAUCUCCUGUCCCCUAAGCAUAGACAACUGUUACAGAGUGAAGCUCCCCACUCAUUUAAAUGUUAUCAGAUGGCUUCUGCGUGUCCUUCCUCUCAUUAUCCUGCAAGAUCUAGUAUGAAGUAAUUUAUUUACAGGAAAUGUUUAAUAAGAUGUAUUUUCUUAUAGAAGAUAUUUCAUACAAAAAGCUUUGUAGCAAACUAUACUUGCCAACUUGUUGACUUUGUAAUUUAGAAAGAAAUGUAUAAUAAGAUUAAAUAUAUUAAAGUGUCCAUUUUUUUCCACUUGUAUUCUUGGUUCAUUCUAUCAUAGGUAUAAGGUGAGGCGAAAGAGAGAUGCCUACAAGGUAAGAGUGAUUAACCUCAUUCAGACUUUAACAAAACAAAUCCUCACCUAGUUCCCAGUAUGGGAAUCAAGAUGGCUUACAAAAACUGAAAUAAACAUAGCAAAAAACUACCUCAAUACAGAAGUUAAAAAUGUAAAUUAAGCAAUCAAUGAAAUUUACAGCCAGUUUAAAACACAGCCAUUAAAAAAAUAGACAAUACAGCACAUUAUGUAAAUCUCAUUCAUCUUGGGCACUCUUCAAAGGCCUACUGAAACAAUCCAAAACAAAGUUUUCACGUGUCUGUAGAAAGAUAACAAGAGGAUGGU